GCUGCCCCUCACGCGUCAUACCCAUUCCAUCCUUCAGGACCCCCUUUCCCAUUCCCAUCCCCCCCCCUCGCUAUUUGUUGGGGAUACCAUCUCUCAAUUCAUUGACAUUUUCUAGCAAAGAAAGCACCCUUACCUUCGAUAAAACAACUUUCCUUAGGACUCUAAAAACACCACCGAUCAUGGCUACCACUAAAACUGGAGCCCCGCUCGAUCGUGGAACUCUCGACACCCUCCUUCGUAGGAGGCUCUUCUACACCCCCUCUUUCGAGCUUUAUGGUGGUGUAUCUGGUCUAUACGAUUACGGUCCGCCUGGAUGUUCCCUUCAGGCCAAUAUUGUGGAUACAUGGAGGAAGCACUUUGUUCUUGAAGAGGAUAUGUUGGAGGUAGACUGCACUACGCUGACUCCGCAUGAGGUUUUAAAAACUUCUGGUCAUGUGGAUAAAUUUGCGGAUUGGAUGUGUAAAGACCCGAAGACUGGAGAGAUUUUCAGAGCCGACCAUAUCAUUGAGGAAAUUCUGGAAGCUCGACUUAAAGGUGAUAGGGAGGCGAGAGGCGAAACGAUUGUGGAGGAAGAAGUCACCGACAAGAAGCGAAAGAAGAAAGUGAAGGAUAUUAAGGCUAUCAAGCUUCAUGACGGGGUUAUCCAGGAAUAUGAAGGGAUACUCGCGAAGGUUAGUGGCUCUGCACUAAUACAUUAACAUUGGCUAUAUGUGGCUGUCAUGUUUACCGAUUACUAGAUUGACAGUUACAAUGGCGAGGAACUUGGAAAACUGAUAGUCGACUACGGAAUUACUAGUCCUACCACUGGUAAUCUGCUUGAGCCGCCGGUUUCUUUUAACCUGAUGUUUCAGACGUCGAUUGGCCCUAGUGCAAAUCUUCCGGGGUAACAUUUGUUUAUAUUUGUUUGUGGUUAUGAGCCAUAUCUAACAUACUGUAGAUAUCUCCGUCCGGAAACCGCCCAGGGCCAGUUCUUGUCAUUCAACAAGUUAUAUGAGUUUAAUAACCUGCGCAUGCCUUUUGCUUCUGCUUCGAUAGGAAAGUCAUUUCGGAAUGAGAUAUCUCCGCGUUCUGGGCUGCUCCGCGUUCGUGAGUUCCUCAUGGCUGAGAUUGAACACUUUGUCGACCCACUUGAUAAGAAGCACGUUCGAUUUCCCGAGGUUGCAGAUAAUGUCUCUCUCAGAUUACUUCCAUGCGCUAUUCAAGAAUUGGGAAAGACUGCUAUUGUUGAAAAGACUAUUGGUGAAGCUGUUAAAGAAGGGAUGGUGGACAACGAAACCCUGGGUUAUUUCCUGGCUAGAAUUCAACUUUUUCUGAAGGAACUUGGUGUCGAUCAGGAGAAGAUUCGCUUUAGGCAACACAUGCCCAAUGAGAUGGCACAUUACGCUACGGAUUGUUGGGAUGCCGAGUUGCUUACUUCUUAUGGAUGGAUCGAAUGCGUUGGAUGUGCGGAUAGAUCAGCCUAUGAUCUUACAGUUCACUCUAGGAAAACUGGUGAGCAGCUUGUAGUCAGAGAAACCCUCGAGCCUCCAAAGGUCUGGGAGGAAUGGGAUAUGGACGUUGACAAGAAGUGGCUUGGUCCUAAGUUUCGAAAAGAUGCUAGGAAAAUUGAGGAAGCUGUUGCAGGAAUUUCACAGGAGGAGCGUGAGAGGCUGUCCGCUGUUCAGAAAGCUGGUGGAAAGGUGGUUGUUGAAGUUGAAAGUCUUGGUUCGGUAGAACUAGAAAAGGUUACUAUUACGAAGAACAAGAAGAGCAUAAACGGUAAUUCCAUGACAUCGGUAAUUUUAUUUUUAUUGGUUUUACUAAUCGAAAUAGUCCGGGAAUAUACCCCCAACGUUAUUGAGCCAUCAUUCGGCAUUGGUCGUAUUUUCUAUUCUCUGAUUGAGCAUAUCUACUGGUCUCGUCCCGGCGAUGAAGCUCGUGGUGUUUUGUCUUUCCCUCCAAAGAUUGCACCAACUAAAAUCCUCAUCGUCCCCCUUUCUAGCCAUUUAGAUUUUGCUCCCAUUGUCACUGCGCUCUCCGCCAAGAUCCGCCGGGCCGGUAUUCCAAACAAGGUAGACAACUCUUCCGCAACCAUUGGGAAGCGUUAUGCUCGCAAUGAUGAGUUGGGAACUCCUUUUGGUGUUACAGUUGAUUUCCAGUCUCUCAAAGACGGCACUAUCACAUUGCGUGAGCGUGAUGGGAUGAAGCAGAUUCGUGGAGCCCAGGAUGAGGUUAUUGAGGUGGUUAGAGGGAUUUUGGAUGGUGAUACUACCUUUGGUGACGCAGUGACUAGAUUUGGGGAAUUCCAGGGGCAGGAACUUGACGAGUAAAACCUGGUUUUACUCCUUAUCUUUUCUACAUGUGGGCACUGACGGGGCGGGUGGGUCAGUUUCGCUAUUUCGCUAGCUUUCAUAGUUUGGGUUGUAGAAAUGCUUUAUCAAUUGCACAUUGGCUUCAAAUAAUAAAAUUAGUCACGGUCG